AAUCUAGCGCCGCUGUCCAGCCUUGCUGUUCCUUGCGCCCAUGGAGAAGCUGAAGUGCGGGCCCGUGGUCGAGAUGCGCGGUGACGACAUGGCGCGCGUGGUCUGGGACUUGGUUCGGGAGAGGCUCAUCCAGCCGUACGUGGACGUUGACCUGCAGGUGUUCGACCUGUCUAUCGAGCACCGCAACCAGACCAAUGACAUGGUCACGCUGGAGGCUGCCGAGGCGCUCAAGACGCACAACGUGGGCGUCAAGUGCGCCACCAUCACGGCCGAGAAGGACGUGCUCGAGAAGUACCACCUGAAGCGUAUGUGGAUGUCGCCCAAUGCCGCCAUUCGCAACGCCCUCGGCGGUGCCGUCUUCCGAGAGCCCAUCGUCUGUCGCAACAUCCCGCCGCUGGUAAAGCAGUGGCGCAAACCAAUCAUUAUCGCGCGUCACGCGUUUGGCGACCAGUACAACGGGAAGGACUUCGUCGUCCCUGGACCCGGCACGCUCCAGAUCAAGUACUCGCCUACCAUCGGAGCUCCUUACAAUGUUGACAUUUACGAGUUCGACGACACACUGGGAGUGGCCGCGGCUAUGUGCAACACGGAUCGCUCCAUUACCGAGUUCGCGUACUGCUGCUUCCAGUUCGCUCUGCAGCGCGGCUACCCGCUCUACCUGAGCACCAAGGAGACCAUCAUGAAGAAGUACGACGGGCGAUUCAAGGCAAUCUUUGAGCUGCUCUACCAGAAGAAGUACAAGAGUCGCUUCAUGGAGAAGGGCAUCUUCUUCCAGCACCGGCUCAUGGACGACAUGGUGGCACGCUCGUUGCGCAUGGAGGGCGGCUUCGUGUGGGCCUGCAAGAACUACGACGGCGACAUCCAGUCGGACUUCAUCGCGCAGGGCUUCGGUUCGCUGGGGCUCAUGACGAGCGUGCUCAUCUGCCCCGACAACAAGACGACGAUGACCGAGGCGGCGCACGGCACGGUCACCAAGCACUACCGGCGCCACACUGCAGGACUCGAGACGUCCACCAACUCGCUGUCCUCGGUGUACACCUGGACCAAAGGACUCUCGCACAGGGGAAAGCUCGACGGCAACGCCAAGCUCGUCGCGUUCUCCCGGUGUCUGGAGCGGGUCUGCCUCGAAACCGUCGAGUCGGGCUUCAUGACCAAGGACUUGGCGUCGUGCGUCAAGGGAUUCGGCAAGGUGGACCGAAGGGACUACCUUAACACAUUCGAAUUCGUGGACAAACUGGCAGAGCAACUGGACAUUAGGUUCAAAGAGAUCUUUACGGAAGAGGCCAAGUAGGCCGCGUUUA